AUGGGCCUCGACGGACCGCUUGCAGCGCGGUGCGUCUCGGCGCUCGUCGCACUGCUCGAGCGCGAAGAACACCUCUUUCUGCGGCGACCGCCAACGUGGCCUACGGUCAAGGCUGCGCUCAAGGCAUCGCAGUUCUUCACGGACCUCACUCGUCUCCACGCAGCCCUCCAGCCGUCGGAAGCGCGCCGGUUGCUGCAGUGCGCACUGCCCCUGCAUGAUGCGGUGCACCAUUGGCUGUCAACGCAGGGCGAUGUCGGAAGCGAGCUCACGCCUACCCAACGGCAUGCAUGGCUGCACAGCCGGCUCGAGCUCUUGACCGAUAUUGCAGCCACGUGUCAUGCACAGCAGGCGCGCAAAGACGCAUUGUCAUAUCUCUACAAGGCGCUUGACUGCCACUACGGCCUCUUGGAGCUGGCGCUUUUAGACGCAACCCCUAACCACGCGCUUUUACUGGCGCGUAUCGAGAUUGCACAGGCACACGUACGCCUUGGUGCCGUCUCGACGGAACUCCACCUUUUGGACGCAGGGUCGUUCCACGCACGCACGGCGGCAGGCGUCACGUUUGAAGUGCUUUUGGUCGCGGCGCAAGCUCCGGUGGUCGCACGGCGCCAGCGUAACGAGUGGGCGCUGCUGCUGGGCCGCGCACUGAACGAUUUCAGCGUCCACCAAGAGAACCACCACGAGACGGCAGACGCUCUCCAAGCGUGUCGAAAGGCGUACGAGAUCACGGUCGCUAGCGUCGGGAAGCAGCAUCCUCGCGCAGAAGCUCUUUGGAAGCGCUUGGAUACACUCGCCCACGUGAUGCAUGCCACAAAGACGAAUAAAGGCGAGCGUGGGCCCGUCGACGCAGAUCCUUGGCGCACGCCGAGUGCGUGGAAGAGUCUGCUGCAGUCGUUUGGCUACGUGGGUGGGUGCGAUGUGCCCGAAAAGCCUGCGAUCCCGACCAAGCCACCGGCGGCAAAAAAAAGUGCAUCGACCCCCCGCGCCCCCAAGACGCCCACGAAGAAGCCCAACGUUGUGGAUCUAACGGGGUGCCCGACGCCACGCCUACUGGCCUUGAGCCCCGUGCUGCACAAGGACAUAAUCGUUCUCGACCCGUCGCCAACACCCAACGCUCGGCGACCGCAGUCGGCCACAGCAUGGGCCCGCCCAACAGGAACUACGUCGCCGCUGGCAACACCACCAAAGCACGGGCAGCAGUGCCCGGUGCCGCACGACGCCUUGUCCGACCCCGCGCAUCUUCAGUCCCGUGCGAAGCGCUGCAGCUAAAACACCUGGGCACAGGACGCGGUUGGAGCACGCCAUUGCUGACGCCAACGGCACGAGGACGGUGGUUGCACUCACGAUGCUGGAUACGCUGGAGGCGCCGCCGCCCGAUGUCAUCGCUUGUGUGUCCGACCUCGUCGAUGCGGUCCUGAGGCACGAUGAGAGAACUGUUGGAGGCGACGAGAACGCGACAACGCAAGCUGACGGUGCAGUGAUACAUGACACAAGUGACGUUGCCGCCGCUUUGAAAGAUGCUUCGUCACUUGCCACCGAGAUGUUCGAGACGCCGAUGUGGCUUCCAUUAGAGGAUACGGCGCUGUCUUCCGAGUCUACUACUCCGCCGCAAGUCGACAGCGCGAAGGGUACCUCGCCCCACACCACGGACGUUCCCUCGCCAUUCGAGCUCGAGCUUGCGACCCAUGUUCUACAUCGCCCUCUACCCCCCGAGCUCGAGGAUCCAGUUGUGCAUCGUACUUUACCACCCGAGCCUGCGGAGAAGAGUCCAAGAACGAUGUUGUCGCCUCUUGACGGGAUGCACAACCCACCACCGCCGUUUGAUACAUACUUUGAGCCCAGCGACGCCUCG